UAAAGCGCAGAGGCUGCCGGUGAAGAGCAGAACAAUUAAAGUCUCUGAAGACAGAAAACCCGGGGACGUCUUCACUCCUCUUCUUCACUCCUCUUCUUCAGCUCCCAUCGAGCAGGACGAGCCUGACGCGACGAAGAAGAUGAAAUACAUCAUCGGAGUUGGCGGAGUAACUAAUGGUGGAAAAACUACACUGACUAACAAGCUGAUGAAGACUUUACCCAACUGCUGUGUUGUGCACCAAGAUGACUUUUUCAAGAAACACGAUCAGAUAGAAGUCGGCGAGGACGGCUUUAGACAAUGGGAUGUCAUCACAGCUCUGGAUAUGGAGGCCAUGGCCAGCACAGUUAAAGGAUGGAUGGAGAACCCUGUGAAGUUCGCCCACUCUCAUGGUGUCACGUUGUCUUCACCCUCAGUUGUGGCCGACCCAGACGAGCAGAUCCACAUCCUGAUCAUUGAGGGCUUCUUGCUCUACAACUACCUGCCCCUAAUGGAUGUUUUCAACAAGUGCUAUUACAUCUCAAUCCCCUAUGAGGAGUGUAAAAGAAGGAGAAGUACGAGGCAGUACACUAUUCCCGACCCUCCCGGCCUGUUUGAUGGUCAUGUCUGGCCCAUGUACCUGAGGCACAGGAAUGAGAUGAAGGACAGCGGCUUGAAUAUUGAGUACCUGGAUGGUUUGAAAAACAAGGAGGAGAUCUACAAUCAGGUGUAUGAAGACAUUCAGAACAACCUGCUCAAUCGUUUAUAGCAGGAAGACUCCUCUUCACCCCUGUACAGAAUUUGUAAAUAGUCCUUAGGAUUUUUUUUAAAGAUGGUUUUUUUCUUAACUGUAUUCUAUAUGUUUUUGUUAUAUAGAGCAGAGCAAUGUUAACUUAUCAUUGUCUUUUUAUCAUGAUCAAUAUUUUUGUUUCCUGAAAAGUUGAUUCUACGGAUCCUAUUUUACUGUUAUCUUUGACCAUUAGCUCACAAAUAAAUGUGUUUGUUGAU